AUGGGUGAUUUACAGCCGAAGGACCUCAUAAACGACACGAGUCUCUCGCAAAACCGCACGUCCUUCUUAAUCGAGGACAUCCUGUACAGGCAGAAGGGCGAGCAGACGUCGGGGCAGAGUUUGGACAAGGCCUACGAUUUUUCGCAAAGUGCCGGGCAAAGUUUCAAGUUAAAGGACAGUGAGAAAGUGUAUCCUCAGCCCGCCAAGGUGCUGGAGAAGCGGGCGGAUAAGAGUGGUUAUAGUUACUUCCAGUCGAACAUGGUGCCGGGUGGUUGUGUGCAGGGGUACCAAGCGCCCGACAACGGGUACAUACAGGUGAUGGGGGCACUGGGCGCCUAUCUGGGGACGCCGUACAAGAGUAUGACGGAUCCGUACUUUUUGACGCAAGGUAUACCAUUCCAUCACGCUCUAUUUGGAGGAAAUGCUAGUGAGAUAUCCCUCAACGCCCUCAAACAUUGUAGGAGAAGAAAAGCUAGGACUGUUUUCAGUGACCCGCAGCUUACAGGUUUAGAAAAGCGUUUUUCCGCACAGAGGUAUCUCUCGACGCCAGAGAGAGUAGAGCUUGCCAGCGCAUUGAGUUUGAGCGAAACUCAAGUAAAGACGUGGUUCCAAAACAGGAGGAUGAAGCACAAAAAGCAAAUGAGGAAGAUGCAAGAAGAAAAAGCCAAUUCUUCUGUUUCAGUCAAACUGACGGUGGCGGCGCCCGAGAAAAUGCACGGUAUAGGUCCAGAAGUGGGGGGAGUGUGUCAAGAGAAGUCCAUGAACGCAAGCAGUUCGGGUCUUUCCGUAACUAAUUCCGACGUGAGCGACUGUGAAAGCGACAUAGAUAUCGUCGGAGAUACGAAACAGUUAGGUUAUUCAUACAAAGUUAAUAACAGAAAAAACGACGCAAAUAAAAGAACAAGUUGUUCAGAAAAGAUGAGAUUAAAGUAUGAUUCGAGAAGAGAUUUCCUAAUUUAACUGCUGCACUUCACAGGGUGAAUCAGAUUAGCAGUUCGAGAAAAUCAAUUAAAUGUGGUGUGUUAAUUUUGAUACGAAGUGUAUAUUGGCAGAUAAAUAUAUUUUUUGUUUGUACUUACUUCUUAUUUUCUUUAAAAAUUGUUAUACAUUUUUGUUUUUGUUGCAAGUCUUAUAUCCUUAUUAUUAGAUAAACUUUAUUUACGUAUUGAAUCCUAUUAGAUAGUUAGAGUGGUUUUGUAUAAGAAUGUUGUUUUUUUUGUUGGUGUUACGAAUAUAAGAUGAACAUAGUUGUCAAUUAAUAACAUUUAUUUCUAAAAAGAAAAUAUUCAACCAAUACACAGAUUUUUGCCAUUGGCCUGGUAUAUUUAAUAGCCACAGGAAUGUGGUGAACUAUUUAAGAUAGUGAGUGAAUCAAAUUACAAGAAAGUUGCACAGUGUUUUACUGAAACUUUUCCUGAAAAACUGGACAAUUGUCAGCUUAUACCUUCUAAUGCAAUUAAAAAAUACCUACUUAAUUCAAAAGUACCAGCAAUAUUAACAAAUUUUUUAACAUUCCCGCAUUUUUGUGCGUAAGGAAUAUAAGACUACCACUUUGUUACCCUUUUAUUUAUUUGUGUAUAGUGUAAAUAGCAUAUUUGUAAUUAGUAGCUUAGAACUUUAGUAAGGUACAAGGUUGAAUUAAUUUGUAAAAACUAAAAACUAGUCAUAUAGACUUAAUCGUAUACUUAACUACUUAAGAUUAAAUAUAACUUACCCAAUUAUAAAUAUUAUUAAUAAAUCAGAUAAAACAAUUAA